CGAAGCGCCUGGAGCCUGAAAAAGACGAAAGACUCGCAGUUGGUUAUAGAACAAAACUCAAAACAACAGUUUGAACAAAGAAAAUUAAACAUGAACAUCUUGUUAUUGUCCAACAUGGUGCGCAGGAAUUUUAUUAUUAUUAUUACUGACGCUUUUGCUUUUUCAAAGUGCAUCGCCUCAGAUCGACCUGCUGGGGGCGCCGUGAGCUCUGCUGCGGUUGUGGGUUUGAGUCCCAGUCUGGGGCUUUCUGCAUGGAGUUUGCCUGUUCGCCUGCGUGGGUUCUAUGGGUGCUCCUCCUGCAGCCUAGACCAGCAAUAAUCUGUAUUCUCAUGUCUCUAACCAGUUGAUCCCAGUUCAGGGCCCGUUUCCUUCCAGCUGUCUGUAGAAGCACACUCAGCUCUCAGAAGUUGAAGGAGUUUUUCAUUCAGAAAGGCGUCAGAUGGGUUCCUGGUAGUUUGUCAGGCCACUGUAGUUUGUCCAUCUUGCUCCUCUGACGUUAAUAAUCUGAGGGAUUGAGGCCUGACCUUCAGGUUAAUCCUGUCAGCUCUCUCCAGGCUGCCACAGAGGAAAUCCCCGCAGAUCUGCGCCGGCUUUGCCACUUUCUGGGUCUCUGUGCGUUCGGCAUGCUCAGCCUCCCGUAGAGUCGCAGGAUGUUUUCCUGGGUGGUGAAGGUCGUUCCUCAGCCUGCUGAAGCUCCGGCUGCUGCUGAGUCGGUGAAGAACAAUGAAGCCAAGAAUGCUUCAGCGAAGAGCCCUGAGGAAGCCUCAGAGGACGGCCAGAACAACGGGGGAGUGAUGGGCUGGCUGUCCAACGGCUUCGUCAGCGCGCUGCCGCAGCCGCCGGGGUCGCCUCUGCUCAAGGGGUCCAAUGCAGACUGCAGGCCAGGAGACGAUGGAGAUCGGAACGGCGUGAUGGGCUGGGUCGCUCAGGGUCUGACCAAGGUUCUGCCUCAGCCGGAUGAGAAGUACCGAGAAGCGGCUGAGACCCAGAAUGCCGCCGAGGAGCACACCGAGGUGUUUGAGGCAGCGACAAUGCCAGAUUAUGACCCGCUUCCUCACAUCCCGGUGGUGGAGGUGGUGUCGGAGGAGGAAGUGUCGGAAGUGGAGAGUUUGGCUCCUCAGUUCCAUCCAAAGGUGGUGAGCUGGAUAAAGCAGAUAGUCCCUCAGCCAGUGAUUCUGCCCCCUGGUGGCGUACCUGUGGAAGCACCACCAAAAGUCUCUCGCUCCUCUCUAGACAAAGUGCUGUCGCCUCCGCCGGAGUCUCUCAGUGGGAUUUCACUGGACACCGACAGCAGAGCUGGAGUGGUCGACUGGUUCGUGUCCGGCCUGGGUCUGAAGAUGCCGCAGCUUGUCCUGCCACCCAAAGAUGAAGCUGAGGGAGCAGCUGAAGUGCUGCAAAAAGCUUCCUCCAAACUGAAUCCCGACAUGGUUCUGGAGGACAUGGAGUCGGACAACGAGGGCCAGAACUGCCCCAAAGCUGCAGGAUCCCAGGGUCCAGCGGGUGACCCGGCCCAGCAGGAGAGAGGGAGGUCCGGCUCUGUGGAGGCUCUGGACAACUGCGCCGCCCCGCAGGCCCCGCAGGCCCCGCAGGCCCCGCAGGCCCCGCAGGCCCCGCAGGCCCCGCAGGCCCCAGCUUCAGACAGCGGGACAAAAACAUCUCAGGAAGACGCAGAGACCCAGACGGGCCGCUGGACACCAUUCAUCGAAAGCAUCAAGAAGGAGGCUGAAGGCGUGGCGCUGGCCUCCAUGGAGGAACGCCUGCUGCAGGAGCGCAUGGAGAUGGCCCGCCUGGCUGAAGAGGUGGCCCGGCAGACGGCAGAGAUGGCAGUGAGGCAGAUGGCCAGCGAGGGAACCUCCAUCAAACUCUCCCUGGAGAGCCAGGAGCUACUGGAGGAACCGGAGGCAGAAUUGCCAGCAGCACCAGAAGAAGACAGCAAGCUAGAGCCAGGAGCUGAUGCAGAAAAGGACGGGUCCGGGCUCCAGGACGAGCAGAAAGCCGAAGAACCGACAGUCCAGGAAGCAGGUAGAGACACAGCUGAAGAGCAGCAGGAGGAACCAGAGCCGGAACCAGAACCAGAACCAGAACCAGAAAAGCAGGAAGUGUGUGCAGCAGCUGUGACGGAGCAGCCGCAGAAAGCAAACGAUGCUCCGACUUCUAACACAGAAAAGGAUGAAGAUGCUUCUGGAGACGGCUGUGGAGAGCCGAGCCUCAGCCUCCGGCCCGCGGUGAGCGUGGAGGAUGUCGACCAGGAGGGAGGAGGAGGAGCAGGAGGUGAUGAGAGCAGCAGCCCGGCCCUGGACCCGAAGCUCAGCACCCUGACGGUCCCCGUGGCCCCGGCAGGAGGCCGCCAGAGUAGAGGAGAUAAAGACGGUGGGAGGAAGCGUCGGACCGUCUGGACCAAGUCCAGAAACCUGCAGGCCCAGAGCGAAGAUGAUGAUGAUGAAGUCAGCAUACCGGUCCGAGCCUGGCCCAGUGAGUCCAGUCUGUGCAGCGCCGACAGCAUGCUGAGGGAGCGCCCAGCCUCUGCUGCCAGUCAGACCAGUCAGACCAGUGCUGUGGUCAGUGAGCGACUCCAGGAACUGGUCAGGAUGUUCAAAGAGAGGACAGAGAAAGCCAAAGAGAAGCUGAUCGACCCGGACAGCUCCGACGAAGAGAGCGUCAUCGCUGCUCCCCCUCAGCCUCCAGCUGCCCCCCAGGGUGAGGAAGAGGAGGAUGAGGAGGAAGGCAGGUUAGGAGGUCAGUGUGUCGGCGGGGCAGGAAGCGGGGCAGGGAGCAGGGUGUCUGGAGGAAAGCAGAUUCGGUGGAUCCGGGCCUGCUGGCCGAUCCGAUUCCCCGCCAGCAUCGACCCUUUCACCAACAUCCUGUAUGUUCUGUGGAUGUUCCUGGUUUCUGCGGCCUGGAACUGGAACGUGUGGCUGAUCCCGGUCCGCUGGGCGUUCCCCUACCAGACGCCCCAAAACGCCCCCUACUGGCUGCUGGCCGACUACACCUGCGACCUCAUCUACAUCCUGGACAUCGCCGUGUUUCAGCCGCGCCUGCAGUUCGUCAGCGGAGGAGACAUCGUGUGUGACAAGAAGGAAAUGAGAAAGAAUUACAUGAAAACAAAACGCUUCAAGUUCGACGUGGCCAGCCUCGCUCCUUUAGAGCUGCUGUACUUUAAGACGGGCAUCAACCCUCUGCUGCGGUUACCUCGCCUGCUGAAGAUCAACUCAUUUUUUGAGUUCAAUGAGCGACUGGAGGCCAUCCUGACCAAAGCCUACAUCUACAGGGUGAUCCGAACCACCACAUAUCUUCUCUACUGUCUUCACUGCAACGCCUGCCUCUACCACUGGGCGUCCUCCUACAUCGGACUCGGGGCCACGCAGUGGGUCUACAAUGGGGUCGGCAACAGUUAUAUUCGCUGUUACUACUUUGCGGUGAAAACUCUGAUCACCAUCGGCGGUCUGCCGGAUCCCACCUCCCUGUUUGAGAUCGUAUUCCAGCUCAUCAACUACUUCGUUGGAGUCUUCGCUUUCUCCAUCAUGAUUGGUCAGAUGCGUGAUGUUGUCGGUGCGGCCACCGCGGCUCAGACCUACUACCGCACCUGCAUGGACAAUACCAUCAAAUACAUGACGUCCUACCGCAUCCCCAAAGACGUCCAGAACCGCGUCAAGACCUGGUACAACUACACCUGGCAAUCACAAGGCAUGCUGGAUGAGCAGGAGCUUCUGACCCAGCUGCCAGAUAAAAUGCGUCUGGACAUCGCUGUAGACGUCAACUACUCCAUCGUGAGCAAAGUCCCUCUGUUCCAGGGCUGUGACAGGCAGAUGAUCUUUGACAUGCUGAAGAGUCUGCGCUCGGUUGUCUACCUGCCUGGAGAUUACGUCUGCAAAAAGGGCGAAGUGGGUCGGGAGAUGUACAUCAUCAAAGCAGGGGAGGUGCAGGUGGUUGGAGGUCCCGAUGAGAGGACGGUGUUUGCUACGCUGAGAGCAGGAUCCGUGUUUGGAGAGAUAAGUUUGCUAGCGGUGGGCGGAGUCAACCGGCGCACGGCCAAUGUGAUCUCUCAUGGGUUUGCAAACCUGUUCAUCCUGGACAAGAAAGACCUGAAUGAGAUUCUGGUCCACUACCCCGAGUCCAAGAAGCUGCUGCGCAAGAAGGCCAGGAAGAUGCUUAAUAAGGGCAAAAAGCCUGAACCCAAAGAGGAAGCUAAGGAACCGGCUCCGGUACCAGCAGCUUCUCUCAAGUCCGAGACGCCCAGACUUCUGCGAGCGGCUCUGGAGAUGACGGAGAGGUCAUCUGGACUGAAAGGAGCUCUGGCUCGGGUCAAAGAGAGGAGCAGCAAGUCCAGCAUCUCACUGCAGCGGUCCCUCUCCGCCUCGCUGCGUCCUCCGGACCCCGUCCUCAGCCCCAGACCGGACCUGGACAUGUCCCUCUCUGCCAGCUCCAUGACGCUUCGCUCAGCUUCUCGGAGCUGCAACCCUGCCGAUUUUCCUCCUGCGCAGCUGCAGCUGCAACGCGGCGUGGCGGGAUGGGAUGAGAGCGAGGAUGAGUGGGAUGAAGGAGGAAGAGGGGAGUGAUUGGAAAGGUGAUGAAGCUCAUUUCAUAGUUGACUGGUUCUCCAGAAAUGAAAGUCUGGUCUUUGUUUUGUUGUUGUUUAUUACAAGUUUACUAAAAUAAUAACUGGCCUUAUAAUAAGUGGAAUCACUGCUGCAGCUUUAGCUCAACCUGAGACACUUUAUUGAUUUUAAACUAGAACAAUAUUAACAUCAAUGAUGUCAACAUUGCAUUUUAUUCUGUAAAAUGAUCUGUGAAUAUAAAAUAACUAUCAUCAGUCUUUCUGAUUAUUGUCUCAAUAUAUUAUCUACAUUUUUACUUUCAAUGCUUUAUGCUCAUUUUGUAUAAAUGUUUUACUCUGAAUUUUAGAUUAAACAUAUUUACUUAAUUAUACAAUAUGUAUGUCCUGAGAUAUUAAAGCAUUGUGAUAUUGCUGCUGUCAAUAUGUUUGAUUUAUUUGUGAUGUAAGAGCUGUUUAUUUUAUAUAUAUACAUACAAACUGCAUAUAAAGUAUUGCACUGAC